AUGAUGAACAGUUUUUUAACUUUUCAACAUAAUCGACGAAAUUCAAUUUCAACUCAUAAACGUGUUCAUCAUAAUACUUGUCGUGGUACUCGAUCCAUUUCAUUAUUAGAUCGUCGUGGAUUAAUUAGUGCUUCAAAGUUUCUGUCAAGGAAAAGUAGCAUUUCACCACUACUUCACCGUAAAAGACAACACAUGGAUUCAACGGAUUCCUUAGCAAUGCUAAUGCAUUUAUUGGAAAUAGAUGAUAAUCAUCCCUUUCGCGAUAUGUUUCUACCAACAAUAACAAAUACGGAUAGAUCAACUCAUAAAUCAAUGAUAUGGCAACAUAUACAACGUGGUGUACCACUUCAUGUUCAACCUUUCUCAAAGGUCAUCAUCUAUUAUUGA